AUGCCGAAAAGAGGAGUAAGAAGAAAGAGAGGUGGUAGUGGAAGAGGCGGAAGAGGUGGUGGAAGAGGUGGUGGAGGAAGAUCACUAUCUGGGGCAAAUCGUGGUAGAUUCCCACUGCGAGGAAACAGAAGGAGAUCACCUAAAACAGUGUCACAAUAUGGGGAGUUAAUGGAUGAUGAUAAUAUUUAUAUUCCGAAAACCAUGUCUGAAUUGGCGUCAAAUAUGGGCCGAAGAAAAUAUGGUAGAAUGUUUGAAGAAAUUGAAUAUACUGAAAGCCAUCAAGAAGAUCUUAUGGUGAGACAAUUAAGAAAUCGACCAGUUGAAUUUGUCAAAGCGAAAGAAGUUUAUGAUCCUAAUGUAAUUCUAUAUAAAUUGGCGAAACUAAAUAAAAAAGAUGAUGAUGAUGAUGGUGGGAUUGAUAUUGCUGUUCAAAGUAUCUCAUUGGAAGAUUCCGAAGAUGAGAACAAUGAGUCAUUGAAUAAUGGGGAUGAGUUAUCAUUGUCUUCCGAAGAAUCAAAAGAAAUAGAAGAGUCUGAGGAUGAAUAUGAAGAUGAAGAUGAAGAUUGGGACGAGGAAGAAUUGGAUAAUGAGAUAAGUACAAAAUUACAAGCAUUGGAAGAAGCAAUGAAUAGAGUACCAGAUGAUUCAGAUCUGGAAGAAUCUGUUAUUGAUAGACAGGAAGAGCAAAACGAGGAAGUUGAAAGUCAUAUCUCAGUACCACAGUCAUCAGAUGUGGCUGAAGAAACUUUCCAGGAAAGUAACGAACUUGAGAGUAAAGAUCAAAUGGAAUCUGAAGAUUGUACAAACACUACUCCUUCUAAACUAACUCAAGAUAUUGAAACUUUAGACAUUAUAAUAGACCUUCCGAGCAACAAAGUGGAACAACAUCUGUCCCAUCCUCAUUCAUUACCACAAUCGAAACCUCCAUCAAAAUCCAAUGAUGACAACAAUCCAGAAUUAGAAUUAGAAUCAGAACCUGAAUAUGGAUAUUUAGAAGAAGAUUAUGAAUUUGAUGUUUCUAAAAUUGAAGUUUCUAAUGUUAGAUUUGGUAUUGAAAAUCAAUAUUAUAUUAAAUGUAUGGAAUUGACGGGACUGAAUGAUAAUGAAUAUAUAUGGAUUGAUGAAAAUGAUGUGAUUGAAUAUGCUUUAGAUAAUGGAGUUAAAGAACAUCGAUUAAAUAAGUUUUUAUCAUAUAUUACAAAAGGGAUGAUUGAUGAACAACAACCGGAACCAGAACCAGAACCAGAAGUAUAUAUUUCAGACACUAACAGUGAAAGCGAGGAUGAAGAAGAAGAAGAAGAUGAUGAAGAGGCAGAUGAUUAUCCAUAUGAUCUGGAUGAUAAUUUACAAGAUUUAAUUGAAUAUUCUAAAACCAGCACCCAAGGACUUAUACCAUUUGAAGAUCGAGAUUUUUCCAACAAGAAUAUCCCUGCUAAGAAAAGACGAACAUUUGAUGAUUUAGAUCUUGAUGAUGAAUUACAAGAAUCAUUAAUCCGUCAAUUACAAAAUUAUAAAACCAAUAAAAAAAAUAAAAAACAUCAAUGGGAACAACAAAAAUUGGAAGAAUCGAUAUUACAUAAUGAUAUGUUAAUUAAAUAUCCUAUUCAUUUACAUAUUAAAGAUAUAAAAUAUGAAUUUGAACAAUUUUUAAAAGAUGAAUCAAGACAAUCAUUAAGUUUCCCUACUUUAGAUACUCAUGGACAUAAAACAAUUCAAAAAUUGGCCGAUUGUUAUCAUAUGAGUGUUAUUAAAUCUGGGAAACAAGGGAUAAGAAAAUAUUUAAAAAUUGUUAAAAAUAAAUCAACAUUUAAAUAUUAUCCAAAUUAUGAAAUUAUUGAUAAAAUAUUAAGAGGGAGACCAAUUUUCCAUAGAAUUGAUCAAAAACCAUCACAUUCUAAAAAAAAUGAAAAGAAAUCAAAUCGUGGUAAUUCUAGUUCAAGUAAGACAAGGUUUAAAGAAGGUGAUAUUGUUGGAGCUGAAGCACCUGAGAUUGAUAGUUCUAAUUUAGGUAGACAAAUGUUGGAAAAAUUAGGAUGGAUUCAAGGUCAAGGUUUAGGGAUUGAAGGGAAUAAAGGUAUUAAUGAGCCAAUUUUAGCAAAAGUGAAAACUUCUAAAACUGGUAUUAAAUAA